CUUUUUAUUAUUAUUAUUAUUAUUUGGUUACUAUAACGAUCUUCUAUGGCUAGUAGAAUUCUUCGCGCUUCACCUAUUGUUCAAAGUGCAAAAAGAACUUUUAUUCGAAAGUAUUAUACAAACAAAGCCACUCUACAUGCUGGUGAUAACUUAUUAGGUUAUAGAGUUCAACAAGUACGACGUGUACCCGAAUUGGAACUGACAGCUAUUAGUUUAGAACAUGAAGCAACUGGAGCCAAACAUUUGCAUAUUGAUCGUGAAGACAACAAUAAUGUUUUUGCAGUAGGCUUUAAUACUUCUGUGAAAGAUAGUACUGGUGUUCCUCAUGUCUUGGAACAUACAACUUUAUGUGGUAGUGAUCGGUAUCCUGUUCGUGAUCCUUUUUUUAAAAUGUUGAAUCGAAGUCUUGCUACUUUUAUGAAUGCAUUUACAGCCUCUGACUUUACAGUAUAUCCUUUUGCAACUACCAACAAAGUAGACUAUGACAACCUUCGAAACGUUUAUAUGGAUGCCGUUUUCCAUCCUCGAUUGGAAAAAUUAGAUUUUGCUCAAGAAGGAUGGCGCUUAGAACAUAAAAUACCUACCGAUGCUUCAACUCCUAUUCAAUUCAAAGGCAUUGUUUAUAAUGAAAUGAAAGGUCAAACAUCUGAUGCCAAUUAUUUAUUCUAUUCUGAUGCCCAAGAAAACAUGUUCCCUGGAACAGCUUAUGCUCACUCUAGUGGUGGUGAUCCACGUUAUAUUACUGAUUUGACUCAUGAACAACUUGUCAAAUUUCAUAAAGAUCAUUAUCAUCCUAGUAAUGCUCGCUUUUUCACUUAUGGGAACUUUGCCUUGGAAGAACAUUUGGAAAACAUUGGUCAUCAAUUACAAGGUUAUGAACGUAUCAAACCUACUGUCGUGAACAAGAUCGUUACUCCCUGGACAGCUCCCAAGGCCAUACAAUCUAUCUGUGCUCUUGAUCCUUUGUCUCCUCCUGAUAAGCAAACAAGAAUAUCCUUAUCCUAUUUGGCCAAUGAUACUACAGAUACUUUUGAAACAUUCUCUAUGAGACUAUUGUCUUAUCUCCUCCUUGAUGGUCAUGCUUCUCCCAUGUAUAAAGCAUUGAUUGAUACAAAUUUGGGAUCAGAAUUCUCAGCUAAUACUGGAUACGAUAAUACUACGCGCAUGAGCAGCUUCUCUAUUGGAUUACAGGGCGUCAGACAGGAUGACAUUGAAAAGGUUCAAAACACCAUUCAAGAUGUAUUGGAAAAGGUCAAAAAAGAUGGUUUUGACUCGAAACGGAUUGAUGCAGCCUUACAUCAAAUGGAACUUGGACAAAAACACAAAACAGCUGAUUUUGGUUUGACAAUUAUGCAUAGUAUUAGCUCUGGUUGGUUCAAUGAUGUGGAUCCUAUUGAUCUUUUGGAAAUCAACAAGAAUCUUGAUCGUCUAAAAAAGGAAUUGGCACAAGGCAACUUUUUUGAAUCUCGAAUUGAUAAAUAUUUGCUGAACAACACUCACAAGUUGACCUAUAUUAUGAAUCCAGAUGCAAACUACUCUGCUAAUUUGGCCAAAGAAGAAGAGACACGGUUGGCACAAAAGGUGAAUGAAUUGGAUGCUUCGGACAAAACUCGGAUUUUGGAACAAGGUGCAAUAUUACAACAAAAUCAAGAAAAAUCAGAAGAUCUAUCAUGUUUACCAACUUUACAAUUGAAUGACAUUGCAACCAAAUCAAAACGAACACCACUUGAUCAUACCGGUUUAUGCAAUACACCUGUUCAAUGGCGAACUACGGCAACCAAUGGAAUCACUUAUUUCAGAGCUAUCAGUAAUUUACCACCUCUUUCUGAUGAUUUGAAGAUGUAUUUACCUUUGUUUUGUGAUACAUUAUUAUCUCUUGGUACAAAAGAUCAAUCUAUGGCUGAAAUUGAUGAUGAAAUUCGUCUUUAUACUGGUGGUCUACGUGCCUCAACUACCGUUUCCACUAAUCACUCUGACAUUGAUGUGAUGGAAGAAGGUAUUGCUCUCAUGGGAAAUUGUCUUGAUCGUAAUAUUGACAAGAUGUAUAGUAUUCUUACAAAGCUCAUUUUGGAAACCAAUUUUGAUGAUACUGAAAAACUUCGAACGCUGAUCAUUGGGAAUGCAAGUGGACUUGUUAAUUCAAUUGCCGAUUCAGGUCAUGUCUUUGCUAGAACUUAUGCUGGAUCAAGUCUCACACCUACAAUGAACAACAUGGAAAAACUCAAUGGAUUAACUCAAGCGAACUUUAUGAGUCGAUUGGCAGCUUUGGAAGACUUAUCUGAAGUAUCCAACAAAUUGAAAGAAAUCGCGUCAUCUGUAUUGAAACAAGAUUCACUUCGUGUGGCGGUGACUUGUGGUGAAGAUGCUGUGUCUAACAAUGAAACCUCUCUUCUCAAGUUCCUCACACAACUUGCACCAUCUAAUCCAACAUCAUCAACAUCAUCAACAGUAUUUGUACCUGAAUAUCGCAAAACAUUCUUCCCUCUUCCAUUCUCUGUCAACUUUUCAGCCAAGGCAUUACGUGGUGUUCCAUAUACAAAUGAAGAUGGUGCUAAAUACCAAGUAUUAUCGUCUUUGAUGACAAAUCAUUAUUUACAUCGUGAGAUCCGUGAAAAGAAUGGUGCUUAUGGCGGUGGAUCACAAUAUGCUGGAUUGAAUGGUAUCUUCUCGUUUUAUUCUUAUCGCGAUCCUCGUGCCAUGGAAACUCUGGAUACUUAUAAAUCAUCACUUACUUGGGCGGUGGAACAUAAUUUUACGGAUCAAGAACUGACCGAAGCUAAGCUUUCUAUUUUCCAGGGGAUUGAUGCUCCACAAAGUGUAUCUGAAGAAGGUAUGCUUCAAUUUGUAUACGGUAUCUCUGAUGAAAUGCGACAACGGCGACGUGAUCAAUUAUUAUCCGUGACACAAUCUGAUGUACGACAAGUGGCUGAAUCUCUCGCUUUGCAACAAGCAUCUAUGGCUAUACUUGGUGAACAAAAAGAUGAAUUGACAACUCGAUUGGAUAAUACUUGGGAUGUGAAACAAUUCAAUGCAUAGAAAUAAUAGAUAGAUAGAUAUAAUCUUUUUUUAAUCUCUAGUAUAGAAUUUUUUUUGUUGUUGUUGGGGAUGAUUACUUUUUUUUUUUUUGUUUGAUUAUUUUUGAAAUAAAGUGUGG